CCGGCCAACGGUGGCCGGCCCCCCGGGUCUGAGGGGCUUGGGCCCACAUUUCCUUUUUUUUGUUCUUCUCUCUCUUUCUCUGGGAAGGGUGCCGGCCAACGGUGGCCGGCCUAGUAUUUUAAAGUGUGGGCCUUUUUGGCGGUGGCUUUUUCUGUCUUUUCUUUGGUCUUUGCUGCCUCUCGGCCUACGUGGCCGAGUUUCCCCCGAUGCACCGCCUCUCUCUUCUCUCUCGGCUGUCGUUCUUUACCCCUUUAUGCGAGUUUGCACCGAAGCCUCCUUUGGGGCGGCGUCCCCUCUUUCUUCCUGUCUGGGAAUCGUGCCGGCCAACGGUGGCCGGCCUAGUAUUUUAUAGUGUGGGCCUUUUUGGCGGUGGCUUUUUCUGUCUUUUCUUUGGUCUUUGCUGCCUCUCGGCCUACGUGGCCGAGUUUCCCCGAUGUACCGCCUCUCUCUUCUCUCUCGGCUGUCGUUCUUUACCCCUUUAUGCGAGUUUGCACCGAAGCCUCCUUUGGGGCGGCGGCCCCUCUUUCUUCCUGUCUGGGAAUCGUGCCGGCCAACGGUGGCCGGCCUAGUAUUUUAUAGUGUGGGCCUUUUUGGCGGUGGCUUUUUCUGUCUUUUCUUUGGUCUUUGCUGCCUCUCGGCCUACGUGGCCGAGUUUCCCCGAUGUACCGCCUCUCUCUUCUCUCGCCGGCUGUCGUUCUUUAGCCCUUUAUGCUAUUUUGCACAGAAGCCUCCUUUGGGGCGGUGUCCUCUGGUUUUUUUUCUCUCUCUCUCUCUCAGGGAUGCGUGCCGGCAAACAGUGGCCGGCCCGGCUUAAUGUAUGGGCCUUGUCGCCUGUGGCUUUUUUCUUUCUUUUCUUUUCUUUUCUUUUCUUUUUGCUGCCUCUCGGCCUACGUGGCCGAGUUUCCCCCGAUGCACCGCCUCUCUCUUCUCUCUCGGCUGUCGUUCUUUACCCCUUUAUGCGAGUUUGCACCGAAGCCUCCUUUGGGGCGGCGGCCCCUCUUUCUUCCUGUCUGGGAAUCGUGCCGGCCAACGGUGGCCGGCCUAGUAUUUUAUAGUGUGGGCCUUUUUGGCGGUGGCUUUUUCUGUCUUUUCUUUGGUCUUUGCUGCCUCUCGGCCUACGUGGCCGAGUUUCCCCGAUGUACCGCCUCUCUCUUCUCUCGCCGGCUGUCGUUCUUUAGCCCUUUAUGCUAUUUUGCACAGAAGCCUCCUUUGGGGCGGUGUCCUCUGGUUUUUUUUCUCUCUCUCUCUCUCAGGGAUGCGUGCCGGCAAACAGUGGCCGGCCCGGCUUAAUGUAUGGGCCUUGUUGCCUGUGGCUUUUUUCUUUCUUUUCUUUUCUUUUCUUUUCUUUUUGCUGCCUCUCGGCCUACGUGGUCGGGUUUCCCACGAUGCACCGCCUCUCUCUUCUCUCGCCGGCUGUCGUUCUUUACCCCUUUAUGCGAUUUUGCACAGAAGCCUCCUUUGGGGCGGCGGCCCCUCUUUCUUCCUAACAGGGAAGCGUGCCGGCCAACGGUGGCACGCCUAGUAUUUCAACGUGUGGGCCUUGUCGGCCUACGUGGUCGACGUGUUUCCCACGAUGCACCGCCUCUGUCUUCUCUCGCGGCUGUCGUUCUUUACCCCUUGGUGCAAUCUUGCACAGAACCCUUCUUUGGGGCGGCGGCCUCUAUUUCUUCCAGUCAGGGAAGCUUGCCGGCCAACGAUGGCCGGCCUAGUAUUUCAGUGUGUGGGCCUUGCCGGAUGUGGCUUAUUCUUUCUUUUCUUUUAUUUUCAUGAAAUCAGCGGGGGAGGAUGGGCGGGUUGUGUUUCCACAGAACACCACUCAAAGAAACAGUUAGCGGUAUCCAAUACUGUUCUAAAUUGCUCGACAACAAAAUGAUAGAAUCAUAGAAACAUGGCACCAAACAUCAUAUAAUCAUAAAGCUAGAAGAGACCAUCCAGUCCAACGCCAUUCUGCCAUGCAAAAACAAUAUACAGUAGAGUCUCACUUAUCCAACACUCGCUUAUCCAAUGUUCUGGAUUAUCCAACUUAUUUUUGUAGUCAAUGUUUUCAAUAUAUUGUGAUAUUUUGUUGCUAAAUUCGUAAUUACUACGUAAUAUUACUGCGUAUUGAACUACCUUUUCUGUCUAAUUUGCUGUUAAACAAGAUUUUUUGGGGCUUAAUUUGUAAAAUAACCUAAUUUGCUGUUCAAAAGGCUUUUCCUUAAUGUCUCCUUAUCAUCCAACAUAUUUGCUUAUCCAACGUUCUGCUGGCCCGUUAAUGUUGGAUAAGCGAGACUCUACUGUAUCCAGAAAUAUCUGAUGCUGUAACCGAUAUAUCAUUUACCGUCCCGGAAUACUAGCCAGAUGGCCCAUGAAUGGUCACAAAAGUCAUAGAAAUAUGGUCACAGAAGUCAUGGAAUAAUAGAAACAUGGUCCCUAAAGUCAUAGACUCAAAGAACCAAGUAACAGAAUCAUCCCAAAAGUCCUAGAAUCCUAAAAUGAUAGAAUCAUAGAGUCAUGGCGCCAAACAUCAUAGAAUCAUAAAGCUAGAAGAGACCAUCCAGUCCAAUGCUAUUCUGCCAUGCAAAAGCAAUAUAACACUCUUGCAGGCUUCAUCAUUACUGGAUCCGUCCUUCAGGACUUUGGCAAACGUUGGAUGUGCAAUGUUGCUAUUUCAUCCAAGGCAGAAAUUCAACUCAUUCUUGGAUGGACAAACAGAACCACAACUGCUAACGUUCCCUUAAGGCAGUGGUUCUCAACCUGUGGAUCUCCAGGUGUUUUGACCUACAAGUCCCAGAAAUCCCAGCCAGUUUACCAGCUGUUAGGAUUUCUGGGAGUUGAAGGCCAAAACAUCUGGGGACCCACAAGUCGAGAACCACUGCCUCAAGGGACAAACUCUGGCAUUACCUCCGAAGUGAAAAAAUUGGAAAAACCCAACUCUUCCUUGAAUACCUGUGAUGUCUAGACAUGUGUGGGUGAAAUCUAGGGCAAAGGAGGGUAAAAAUAGAUGGGAGGGUCCAAUGUGAAAGGUUUGGAACCCCUCCCCUUAUAUAUAAAACAAAGACUCCGCCUCCAAUAUGUGGCAUUCAGUGUGUGUCCACACCAGGGUAGAAUUGGCACCAUGCUCUCCAGAUCAGCCAUGCACGUGCCACAUUAUGCCCCUUCCAUGUUCAGGGAGUUUGACAGAUGGAAGGACUAUCUGAGCCUUGCGAAAGUGGUUACGGAGAUCAUCGCGGAACGCAAGAAGGUCCCGGUUCCAUCUCAGAGUUGGGACACAAUGGAGUACGACAUGCAGCUAGUCCUCAACGAGGACAACUUUGAAACAGCAUCACAAUGGGUUAAUGGAAGCAGUUCCAGCAGCAAGAGCUCCAAAGGUAGUGCCAAUGGCCAGGCUUCCCAAAACAAGGAGAUUUGCAAUUUCUGCAAACACAACGGGGAAUCCAAGCAGGUCUAUUCGUCCCACCGGCUGAAGGGGAUGGACGGCACCGUGGAGUGCCCCAUCUUGCGCAAAUACACCUGUCCGCUCUGCGGUGCCACGGGCGAAAAGGCCCAUACUUUAAAAUACUGCCCACUGAGCCAAGGGAAGAGGUCGCUGUAUCGCAAGUGCGGACGUAACUCGGCUGGACGCAAGGUUUGGAGAAUGGAAGCCCAAUUCUCUUAGACUACAUUUAUGAGUCCAGAAAUGUUUUUUUAUGUAUAUUGUUGCCUUCUUUCACAUUUGUUGUACCUAGGUUAAUUAUAUUGUGUUUCUUUUAGAUGUGUCAGUUGCCUAGUGUGAUGACUCAUGGGCCCUGCAGUCCUAUUCCUGACAGUAUUGUGGCAGAUGAGGAGGAAAAUAUGGAGUUUUCCCCAGAUUUCCGGUCGGAGUCAGAGCCUUGGCAGCUGCCUGAAGUUCUAGUCCAAGAACCAAUUAAACCUGACCUUGGUGGGAACUCUCCCCCUUAUGGGAGAAAACAGGCUUACACGACUGAUAGAGGAUCGAGAGAAAAAUUUAGAAGUAGUGCUCGCCUUGCUGUUUGGGGAAACGAGACCCAAUAUAGGGAAAUUGCGCGAAGGAUUCCUUGCGGAGUCAAUUCGUCAGCUCCUGGAGAGAGGUCAUGUGUGUGUGGACUUCGAAUCCUGUUCCUUGCCUCCUGAAUCUAGUUCCAAGCCUUGUCCUCGUCUCACGGAUUUACCACAGAUCUUGUUCCAUGCUUCAAGUUGCUUUGCCUUUAGCCACAGCUCCAGCCACGUUCCAAGUUACUUUCAGCCUUGUGUCAAGCUUCAUUGGAUUCAAGACUUUUGCUGUUUUCCCAACGCUUUGCUUGGCAAAGCGUGUGUUGCGGUUAUUGGAUUAUAAUCUUUGGACUCUAAUAUUUCAUAUUGGACAAUAAUCUGCUGGACUAUAUUUGGCCUCAUUUGAAAGGUCUGCUUCUGAACUUUAUUCUACACUUGUUUUUCUUGACUUUAUAUAUUCCUUUAAUAAAGAUAUUAGAUAGAAUCUGGCCUCAGUGUAUGGUUAUUGGUGCCCAGCAGCCUAGAUCCUGACACCUUGUAUCAUGCUUUUUUAUACAUAUAAUCAUGUUUUUUACAUAUGUAAUAUCACGUUCCUUUGACAUCUGUAAUUGCCUUAUAUCAUAUUUUGUGUUUUAUAUAUGCAGUUACUUUACAUGUUUCUUUUAUGUAUGGAUGUAUAAUUUUUACAUGUUUAAUUAUAUUAUUUGCAACUAUAAUUGCCUAAUAUCAUGCUUCUUUUAUAUAUGCAAUGACAUCAUGUUUAUUUAACGUAUAUAAGUGCCUUAUAUCAUGUCCGGGUUAUCAUGUGUGUCUCCAGAGGGAUGCAGCCCUAUCCUUUGCAGGGAAAAUAUAGAAAUAUCUUCUAAAUGGCUACUGUCUAGAAUUUUGUUUUGUAAAGAAAGGAAAAGUUUAUAUGCUAUUGGAAAGAAAGAUACUAUUUUAUGUUUAAAUUUUGGAAAGGAAUAGAAUUGGUUAUUAUUACUGUGGUCUAACCUUCAAUUGUUUGCAAGUUGUUCUAAAGUUUGGAUCGUAGAGUUUAAUAAACAGAGUUUAUGGUUUUGGCA